GCCUGCCAACAGAAGCUCCGGGGCAUUCACCACCCUGAAUUCUUCACUUAGCUCCCUUGACUACUCUGAAUUGACCCCUUCUCUCCCAACUCUCCCUGCGUUUGAUGAGCGGGAGGAUAAAGGCUGCUACUUGUUUGGAUCACCAGGAGCUACUUCACAGGAUCAGAGCUAUGGCAGGGAAAUAGAGGACAUGAGCCAAUGGCAGUGUGAAUUCAGGGGUCAAAUCAGAGCACUGAGACUGUGGCUCAAGAGCAUGGAGAUGAGGCUACCUCCUCUGGACCCCAGGCUCCAAAGUUCAAGCUCAGAUCAAGAUCCCACCCUGGAUAAAUGGAGGGGAACAAGAUCUGCCUUGGCACUAAAGGAUGUUUCUACAGAUUCUGAAACAUUUCUCCAAAACCUGGAAGCUUUGCUUAAAUGGGUCAAAGAAAUAGAGGAGCUCACAGCAAAUCAGAAACCCCCAUCAUCAGAGGUGAAAGUGGUGAAAGCACAGCUCCAAGAACAAAAGCUCUUGCAGCGUCUCCUAACAGACCGGAGGCGUAGUAUGACCUCCAUGAUGUCAGAAGGCACUCAGCUGGUGGAGGCCCAUGUGGGAGAAGAAGGGGAGCAAGUAAAGGUCAAACUAUCCACUCUUAAUCAGAAGUGGGAGGCCUUACAACAGGAAGCAGAACAAAGGAGGGCAAGCCUGGAGCUCAUCCUUCCCAGGGCCCAGCUGUUCCAGGAAGGAGUGGACAGCUUGCAGCAAUGGCUCAUAUCUAUGGAACAGACUCUAGCUGAACUUCGAAAUGCAGAAAGAGUAAUGCUGCAUCUCACAGAGGCCUCCGACCGGGCCAAGGCUGUUGUUGAAGAAAUUCAAGUUAAAACUGCUGAACUAGGGAAAAUACAGAAGUCAGGUCAUGAGCUAAUGGAAGCAUUAUCAGAGGAGGAAGCCCAGCAAGUACAGGAGAAGAUGGAUGCUUUGCGUAUUCGUUGCUCUGUGCUGAGUCUGAGCAGUCUGGACGUGCUGCAGAGACUGGAACAAGCGCUUGAGGCCUCCAGUCGUUGUACCUCCAGCCAAGAGGACCUCCACCUGUGGCUGGGUCGCAUUGAGCGGGAGCUCUUGGGGGCAGCAGGGGCACAGACUCAUGCUGGAGAUGCAGUACUAUGUGCAGCUGAGAGACAAAGGUUGGAAAAGGCAGUGGUAAAGGAGAUAGCUUGGUUCAAAGAUACAGCAGCCAAACUUGAGAAGCUGAAAACUAUUGAUCUUGAUCCAGAGCUCAUCGCAGAACAGGUCUAUGAGCAAAAGAUUUUAGCAGUUGAGAUUCUACAACAUCGGUUCAAUAUUGAGAAGAUGGUAAAAAUCACUGAAAUCUUGAUGACAUACAGCGAUGAAGGGGAAACUGGCGAUCUUCGGACCCCAAUUGAGGCUUUACAAGAACAAUGCAACACCACCUCAGCUACCAAUUCCCACGUGGUCCUGCAGCUUGAGCAUGCUCAGUCACUCCUCCAUCAAUUCUCUGAGGGCUUUGCUGAGGUUUCACCGUGGCUUGAAGAAACUCAGACCCUGAUUGGCCAGCUGUCCCUCACCACAAUUAGCUAUGAGGCAUUUCGGGAACAACAGGACCUUUUACAGGGUCUUCGGGAAUCUAUAGCUGAACAUAGACCUUUGAUUGCACGUUUAUGCUCUCUGGCAAAACGCCUGUCAGAACUAAACUCCAUUCAGGGGGAUCAGUUCUGCCGCAAGGCCACAGAGGCUGAGGAGCAGCAUAGAGCUAUUAGAGACCGCGUGAGAGAGACUGCCAAUCUACUGGAGGAGUCCUUGCCUCGAUUCACUCAGCUGAACGAGAGGAUGACUCUUAUCAAAGAGAGUCUACACCGCCUGCUCAGUCGCAUACAGACACCCACCUUACUUCAAGGUCUCACGCCAAGAAUCCAAGAGCAGCUGCAGGACAACAAGCAAACCUUGGCUGAGUUGUCCAAACUUGAGUUAGGCCUCAGCAGCGUCAAAACACAGGCAGAUGAACUACUGGCUAACACUCGGGCUGCCGGGGAUGGAUCAAUCAGCACAGCAAUUCAAGAGCGAGUGUCCAGCUUGUCCCUGCUUUGGGAUGAGACAUAUAAUCAAGCUAAAGAGAGGGAAACCUGGCUGCUCAAACUCUUGGACCUUGCCGUUAAAUACUGGAGCGAUGUCGGCGAUGUCACAGCUGCUCUUAAUGAUGCUCAGCAGGCGGUUUUGGAUCUCAAUGCUAGUCAAACAGACUCUGAAACAAUACGUCAGAGCCUUGAAACCAUGCAGACUCUCAGGGAGGAUAUAGACAGUUUGCAGGGAGAUCUGGACAGUCUUGGCGUUCUGGGAAUGGAGCUGAUGUCAGCAUGCGGGGAUACUGACAAACCAGAUGUCACAAAGAGCCUAGAUGAACUCUAUUGCACGUGGAACAACUUAAGCAAACUAUGGAAUGAAUGUCACAAAAAGCUGGAGGACUCCUUGCAGAUGGCACUGCAUUAUCAAGAUACCAUGCAGGGACUGUUUGAGUGGUUGAAAUCAGCUGAGCUGAGUUCUGCAGAGGAGUUCGUGGUAGGAACUGACUUGGAGUCAGUCAAAGAACAGCUAUGUGACCUCAAGGAAUUGAAGCGGGAACUUUACCAAAAGAAGAUUGAGAUAGAAAGUCUGAACCAUCGGUUUGUGUGUCGGCUGUCUCCAGGCUCAGAGCGUCCAGGCUCAAUCUCGCCACUGUGUGACUUCAGACAGCGCUGGGACAGUCUGGAGUCAGAGACUGUCAACAGACAGCAUCAGUUAGAGUGUGCUCUGCUGGGUCUUGGUCAGUUCCAAAACACACUGGAUGAGCUGCACACUUGGCUUUCCAGGACCACUGAACAACUGCAGGGCAGCCAGCCAAUCAGCAUUGACCUGCAGGCAUGUGAAAUAGAGCUGGCUAAACACAAGGUGUUGCGGAAUGAUGUUAUGUCUCAUGUUCGCACAAUGGAGUCCCUCAACAAGGCAGGCAGGGGGCUGCUGGAGGUUGGGUCCGCAGAAGGUCCACAUGGUCUGCAAUCUCGAUUGGAGCAUCUCAAUGAAAGCUGGGAGUUUGUCCGCUGUGAGACUGAACGAAGGCAGCUGGAAUUAGAGAACAGACUGAGUCAGGUGCAAGAUGUUACAAUGGAGAUUCAGGACCUUUUACAGUGGUUGGAGAAUACAGAACUGAGACUGUCCUCUUCUAAAACCAUGUGGGGCAUGCCGGACUCUGCAAGUGAAAGGCUCAAUGCCCACUUGGAGUUGUGUAAUGAGAUGGAGUCAAAGCUCCACACCUAUACAGAUGUGAAGAAUGCCAUUCACAGGAUGCUGGAGAGCAGCGGUGUUGUGCGGGGAUCGAGCACCGAACACAACUUGUCGAUUCUUGAACAGAAAUGGGCGUCUGUUUACAGCAAAGUCCAGGAGCGAAAGGCACAGCUCACAGAGGGACUCAAUUUGGCCAAGGAGUUUCACAGCAGUGUCCAGGAGCUACUCACUAAGAUGAGCAAGUGUGAAGAGUCUAUGGGGAACCUGCCAGCUCCUAGCUUUGUUCUGGACACAGUUUGUGCACAGCUGCACAGUCACAGAACACUGGUGAAUGAGGUAAACAAUUAUGGAGAGAAGAAGACCACAGUGGAGAACGCAGGCCUCAGACUAACUGAGCUCAGCAGAAAGGACGACUGUGAUGUUAUUCAUAACCUAAUCAUGACCGUCCAGGAUCGAUACAAAAAGUUACAGCAGCGGACUUCAGAAAGAGGAAGGAUGCUGGAGGAUGUUAAAAAGAAUGCCAAGCAGUUUAAUGAAUCUUGGCGCCUCCUGGUGGACUGGAUGACAGAAGUCGAACAGACAUUAGACACACAUAAGGAGAUUGCGGUGUCCCACGAAGAGAUUAAGCAACAAUUGAUAGAGCAAAAGGAGUUCCAGAAACUACUGAGAUCAAAGAGGCCCAUGUACGAGGCAACACUGAAGAGCGGUCGCAGUCUGCAUGAAAGAGCUCAAACCUCCCACGAUAGGCAGCAUCUGGAGAACUUAAUGGCUGAACUCAAAGACACAUGGGACACCAUCAGUGGCAAGUCCAUGGAGAGGCAACACAAGCUAGAGGAAGCACUGCUGUUCUCAGGAAGAUUCACUGAUGCUCUGCAGGCACUGAACGACUGGCUGUAUAGAGCAGAACCCCAACUGGCUGAAGACGUACCUGUUGGUGGAGACAAAGACAUGGUCAACAAUCUCAUAGACAAACACAAGGCCUUCCAGAAGGAGUUGGGAAAGCGAGCCGGAUGCAUUAGGACCCUGAAGCGCUCUGUGAGAGAUCUGACCAGGAGCAGCACGGCCGACGCUCACUGGCUGCAGGAGCAGAUGGAUGAACUGGAGGGCCGCUGGGAAGCUGUGUGCAAACUGUCAGUCAGCAAGCAGGACAGGCUGGAGGCUGCGCUUCAGCAGGCUGAAAAGUUCGACGGGCUCGUUCAUUGUUUCAUGGAGCGGCUCACUGAGGCCGAGAGGAUCCUAAAAUACGGGGUCAUACCAGAGGAGGAGGAAGGUCUGCUUUCCUUCCGCAAACAGCACGAGGAGUCGCUGUCUGCCUUGCAGGCUCAGGCAGUGGAGCUUGAGAACAUCCAGUGUUUGGGUGAGGAGAUUCUUGCCUCCUGCCAUCCAGACUCCAUAAUCACCCUAAAAUCGUGGAUCAGUGUCACUAAGACACGCUACGAGGAAGUUCAGACCUGGGCCCAGCAGCAGGGCCAGAAGAUCCAAGCCAGUUUGACAGCACUGGAGACAGAGAGAGAGGAAGUCCAAAGACUGCUGGACUGGAUCUCAUCAGCAGAGGAAGCCCUCAGCCUCAGAGAUCAAGAGCCUCUGCCUGAGGCCACAGAGCAUAACCAAAAACUCAUUGAGCAACACACAGUAUUCAUGGAGGAGUUAAAUAAAAAGUUCCCAGAGGUAGAACAUGCCACAAAAUCCUGCAAACACAAGAGCAUUUCGAAGCAGCAAGUUUCCCCAAGCAAACGGCCCCUCACCAAGAGAAGGAGCGCUAUGAAGUUGCAGCCUGCUAUACCAGUCCCCCUGGAGCACCUUGACCCUCAGACCCCACAGCUCAGUCAGCUGGUCAGUGAGUGGCAGAAACUUUGGCUCCUGGCUGUGGCGAGACAAAACCGCUUGGAACAACACCAGCAAAUGCUCAAAGAGAUGGAAGAAUUUGCAAACUUUGACUUUAACAUUUGGCGAAAGCGUUACAUACAGUGGAUUAGUCAUUUGAAGUCUCGGAUCUUGGACGUGUUUCGCAGCAUCGACCGGGACCAGGAUGGACGGAUUAGCCAGAAGGAGUUCAUCGAUUAUGUUCUUGCCUCUAAAUUCCCCACAAGCUCUCUAGAGAUGAACGCUGUCGCCAACAUCUUUGACAUGAACAACGACGGUUUCAUCGACUACUAUGAGUUUGUGAGCGCGCUCCAUCCCAGCAGAGAUCCCUACAGAAAAACACUGGAUGCCGAUCAGAUCAAUGAAGAGGUGAGCCGACAGGUAGCACAGUGUAACUGUCCCAAGAGGUUUCAAGUGGAGCAAAUAAGUGCCAACAGAUACAGGUUUGGAGAUUCCCAACAACUGAGGAUGGUUCGAAUCCUGCGUAGCACAUUGAUGGUCAGAGUCGGAGGAGGCUGGACUGCUCUGGAUGAAUUCCUGGUUAAAAAUGAUCCCUGCAGAGUAAAAGGUCGGACCAACCUGAAGAUAAAAGAGAAGUACUUGUCCCCAGCUGGGAGCACCUCUAAAGGUUUGACUGUCAGCAGGUCCAACUCAAGCCUCAGCCUGUACAGCAGUGCCUCUGCCCCCACCAGCCCCAUGACACGCAAGGCAUUACUUCGUAGGAGUUUCUCAGGUGACCGCUGCAUUCGCCCCAGGAGCUCCAUAGCUGCUUUGGGGUCUGACCUACAGUUUGCCACAACAGGGGAGGAUAACUCUCCAUCACCACCAGACGAAACUGAGAGGUUGCCCACAUGAUUAUCUCUCCUUCUGAGCACCCUGAGUAUGCUGCAGCGCUCAACCCAAACACAGCCUUGAAGCCCCAAAAGAAUGACAAGCAAAAGUUAGGUGCUAGAAGGGGCCUGAAAAUAAUGGAAUCAUUCACAUUUGACCAGGUGACCGCAUUUGACCGAAAGUGCUGCUAACAGGCGUGCAGCUUUGGGUAAUCUGGGUGAGAAGAAUGUCUCAGUGUGGACAAUGAGGGGUCGGUCCAGAUGCAAGGCAGAGAUUUUUUUUGUCCCUUUUUUCUCAUUUCAUAUAUUUGUAUCUGAUUGCGUAGAGGGUAAGAAUUUCUGCAUGGAUACUUGCUGCAUGAUAGCCAGAGCAUUGCUUUAAUCAGAACUGCUUUUAUUUUCCAAGCCUGCUAAAGAUGAGCUAAAGUCGGACGGUGUCGGGAGAUGUCAGUAACGCUCUGUUACUGAUUCAAGGUGACAUAGUGCUAAGACUCACAUAUGAUGGCACUGAAAGGUGUUGUGUUAUCUGACUCUGCUAUCCACAUCCAAAAAAAAUACUCAUAUACCAAAAUCAUAACUAUAUAAAGGGUACAGUAUGCCGUCCGUCAGCUUUGUAAUAUUUUUUUUUGUUUUUAUGUCAUACCAUGAUGAGGAUAUUGUUGGCAGGGCCACACUUUCUUUUGUCUUUUAAUUUUUUUGGACAGCAUGUUUUCAUAUAAAUGUAUUUUUAUUCUUUAUUGUAAGGAUGCUCUAAACACUGGAGAUUGUUUAACGAACAAUGCACUGAAGUACGACGGGCCAUUGUUGAUUUGUAGAGAUUCUUUUUCUCAGGACUGGUUGUGUCUUUCGAUGUAUGUUUCUAUGGAACAUUACUGUGAACAUGUAGAUGUGUUUUUUUUCUUCAUAACACUGUACUUAGAAAAUUUUCUUUAGCGCAUUUGUCUUUAUAAAUAUGCACUUUUCUGUGUCCAACUACUGUAGAUAUGUCGUGCUAAGUAAGAGGAUGUCUUACAUAUGAUUUAUACAAACUAUAAUUUUAGUUUGGGGUUCAUAAAAAAAUAAUGUUGACAAUUUUAUGUCAUGAGAAUGCAGUGGUUGUAUAUUUAAUAUUUCUAUUAGUUUCUAUGCUUUUCUGGCAUUUUAAGCAACACAGUAUCGUUUUUUUGUUUUGUUUUCUGCCAUUCAAUCAGUUCAGAAACUCUCACAUUUGUUAAUUCAUUAUUUGCCUUCCAAAGAUGUUAAAAAGAACAGUCAACACUAGUUUCCUUAAUAACAACACAUGAGCCUGGACAUAACAGUAUGUAUUGUUUCAGCAAUAAACAACAAACCACAUUUAUCUUGAGAAAUAAUCAACUACAAGUCCAUCAUCAUCAUCAUCAUCAUCCACUGGUAGUGUUGCAAAGCUUUUAUUCUGCGGGUUAAUCAUAGACCAGUUAAUACUUUACAAUAUGUGUAACCACUAUGUUUGUAAGUGUCCCUUUGUACUAGAUCCACCUGAGGUUGAGUAGCUUCAGUAGCUUAUGUCAUGGCAUUUGGUCUAUGCAGUUGUCAACUAAAUUUUUUAAAGUCAAAAAUGUUUUACGUGAUGGAAUACAUUUUCUCUUUGCCUCGUGUUUGGAGACAGUUGAUAAUUUACUGUACUGUAAAAAAUUAAAACAGCCAGAUUUCACUUCGAUUGCUAUGCACCCUGAUCUUUCUGUACUGUAAAUGUUUCUAUACCCAGCACUCAUUCUGAUGUCUAACUUUAGAUGAAUGUCACUAAUAAUUUUACA